GACUGGACUAGAGCGCACUAAGACGAGGGGGCUUUUCGUGUUUCCCCCACUUGAGUGAUUGUUGAAGCGCUCGAUCGCCAGCCGGCGCGCCAUGCUGCUCCACUUAGCUCCACUGUGACACCCAGCGGAACCUCUGUGCCGAGUUGAAAGCCCUAGACAAUAAUAUAGUGGAUACGGUGGAUAACGAGCCCCCUCCGCCUCUCUGGCUUCCUUUUCCUCUUCUCUGACCGUGUGUACCCGUCGUGCGUCAGAGAGCGAGUUGUGCGUAACUGGGCUGGAGACAGAGUCUCUCCAUUUUGAUUAGAGCCGUGAUUGGAGGACCACGAGCGACGAGAGCACCUCUGGUAAGGACAGUGGCCUGGCAUCCCUGCAACUAUAUUUGUUUGUAUUUCUUCCAAAGCAUUACGCGGUCUCUCCCUCCUGACAUGACGACCGAGACCCCUCAACAGCAGCUGGAUCAUCCGCUUCCUCUGAGAUCCAGCCCGGUGUCCGGCGUCCUGCAUCCCACAAUGCUGAACUCACAAGCCCCCGCAGAAAGCUCGUCCUCCGCUGCCAAAGGAAAGAAGACAAGCUCCGGAUUACGUCGGCCGGAAAAACCCCCUUAUUCUUACAUUGCUCUCAUCGUGAUGGCAAUACAAAGCUCCCCCACUAAACGACUGACACUCAGCGAAAUAUAUCAGUUCCUUCAGGCCCGUUUCCCAUUCUUCAGGGGAUCAUAUCAGGGCUGGAAAAACUCAGUCCGGCACAAUCUUUCACUCAAUGAGUGUUUCAUCAAGCUGCCCAAAGGGCUGGGCAGGCCGGGGAAAGGCCACUAUUGGACAAUUGAUCCUGGCAGCGAGUUCAUGUUCGAAGAGGGCUCCUUUCGGCGCAGACCGAGAGGCUUCAGAAGAAAGUGUCAAGCCCUGAAACCCAUGUACCGAAUGAUGAACGGCAUAGGAUUUGGCACCUCCAUUCUGCCGCAAAGUUUUGACUUCCAGGCUCCAUCCGCAACGCUCGCCUGCCACAGCAACAGCUACAACUUGGAUAUGAUGAGCAAUUCAAUGGCCGGAGGCUACGAUGGGCUAAGCGGUGGCCAUCAUGUACCCCACAUGUCUCCGAGCCCAGGAUCCACUUACAUGGCGAGUUGCCCGGUGCCUUCAAACGGUGAGUACGGACCUGACAGAAGCAGCAGUCCUGUACCGUCGUCUCCUGCCACUGCGAGCGCCUUGGACAGCCACUCCCCGUACGCAAGUACAUCUGCACACUGGACCACCUCGGGCGGGUCUCCCUACAUCAAACAGCAGCCUUUAACCUCCAGCAGCCCCGCAUCAUCCUCUCUCUACUCCGGCAUGUCACCCUACUCCCUGGAGCAGACCUACAUUCACCAAAACAGCAGAGAGAGCCACACUAACGACAUGGAAGUGGGGAUUCCACGUUAUCAGAGCCACUGCGACAGGAAAGAAUUUGUGUUCAACUUUAACGGCAUCUCAUCCUUCCACCCCACGGCUGGCGGCUCCUAUUAUCACCAUCACCACCACCAUCAUCAUCCUCAGAGCGUGUGUCAGGACAUCAAGCCGUGUGUCAUGUGAGCGCUGUCUUCUGUCAUUCGUCUGGAGCCAAAAGACAGCCUCUGCAGUCAAACUGCACGUCGGCCUUAAAACAAAGGACUAUUUUCAGAUAGGAUUUGUUGGAGAAUGACUACUUUCACAUGUUGCCUCUCUGUGGACCUGACCAAAUGUGCAUUAAAGGAAAACGAAUGAAGAAACCACCGUGGCCUUAAAUGCACACCUUGUCUAAAUGAACAAUGACAAACGUUUUCUUCUUGAAAAGAAGCUCAGAAAACACACAUUUUUAACCCAUGAGAACCCACACCCAUUUCUGCUUCAAGGGAAAUUAUGGAGGGUAUGUGAUAGGCUCCAGCUGACCUGUGACCCUAAUGAGUAAAUACCCUAAUAAAUGAAUGAAUACCAUAGACCAAGUGGAACCCACACAACAUAUUUCUGAUGUUUUUUUGUCUAAAAUACUACUAUAAUUUUGUAUUAAAUAAAACAAUUUAAACAGUUAAAUGUAUUGAGUGGCUAUUGUGACUAAUACGUAACGUCAGCAAUUUAUACAAAACGCCUAUGUGAUGUAUGCGUGCACAACAAUAUUCUUGUUUUAUAUCAGUUCCUUCAGUUGAAUUGCAAUAUUUGACAUUGUAUUAAAGCAUUAGAAUUGUUAAAUGGGUUUAAAAUGACCUUGAAUGGCAAAACAAUAAGCUGUUGGAAAUCAGCUAGCUCCUUCACUGUUUACCUGACACACUGCCAUUUUGGGGAAGCCAUGUCCUGGGAUGACACCACAACCACUCCAUCAUGUUUCGUUGACGUCACAUACCGACUUAAUGAGUUAAACUAAACACAAAGCUGUAGUGUCCAUUUGAGGACAUUGUGUUAUUAUGGGUUCUUGUGGAUUAUUAAGUGCUUUCUGUUUAAAAAAAAUGUUUUAUGUAUCUAUGUUUUAUGAUUACACGCGACGCUUUAUUAUGGACCGCAACAAAAAUUGCACUUAUUCUACAGCGAUGCCAAAGUUCUUGUA